CAUGCUAGAUUUCUUGGAUGCACCUGUUCCUUUUAUAGUUGGUGUGAAGAGCAAAACUGCCGAAGUACCAUCCAAGUCAGGAAACGUUAUAUAUGUUGAUGUUAAGAAGAACCAGGUCAAAUCAUUGUCAAUACCACAUUUCCCUCAGUACAAAGAGUUAUAUGCAGCCUUAACUCCUUAUCAUGCUCAACUGGUCGGAGAAAGUUAUUUAGGGAAAAAGAGACCGGUUUAUGAAUGCACAGAUGUGCAGGUGGAAGCUGCAAAGGGAUUCUUGAGAGUAUUAAGAUCUUAUUUGGAUUCACUUUGCUCUAACCUACGUUCUCACACAAUUACAAAUGUUCAGUCAAAUGAUGAUAAGCCGUCAACGGUCAAGCCUACCUUUUGCUUUUGCAUCCAUCAACACAACUUGUCUUCCUCCCGAAGAAGUGGAUGCACUGAGAGAGAUUAGAGAUUGGAAGAAAGCUAGGUAAAUUAAAUUGGGAUUUUGAACGCGAUCCAUGUCUUGGUUGGGAGAUUUCUAGCAGCGGAGCAUACUUGAAUAACCUCACUUGCAGCACAUUAAAGUUUUGAAAAGAUUUGAAGGUUAACACAUCAACCAUUUGCUUCUGUUUACUCCAUUUGCAAUCUUCAACACAUCAAAC